CAUGUUUUCUAAUCCUUUAAUUGUUCUUGUGGCUUGUCUGAACCUUCUCCAAUUUAUCAACAUCCUUGAAUUGUGGGCACCAGAACAGGACACACUAUUCCAGCAGUGGUCACACCAGUGCCAAAUACAGAGGUAAAAUAACCUCUCUACCCCUACUUGAGAUUUCCCUGUUUAUACAUCUUUGGAGCCGGGACUUGAAAUUUAGCACUGGGUGGCUCUAGUGCCUUUAGUGUCCCCAUGAAAAUCUACCCAAAGCUGACUCAGUAGAGACUGGUUAAGGUUUGGCAGCUAAAAUUCUGGAGCGUGCUUAAUACAAAUAUAAUCAAGUCUCUGAGGAUGUGCAAACUGCAAUUUUUCUCACCUGGAAUAGAACACAGGCCUUCUCCAUCACACUAUUCCUGGACUAUCUAGCAAAUAGCUGUGAAUCACACUAACAAAGUCCUCAUCCCCCUCUGUGAACUAUGGAGGAUAAGAGCCUGCUUCUGCUGUCUCUUACUCAAUUAGCUUUUAGGCAAAGAUCUCCACUGCAAGAACAUCUUAGCCAUACCUAGGUUUUGUGGCCUGAUCUCCUAUUCUGAUGGCACUAUGCCAACCGAGGAUUCCUCUCUGCUAGGGCCUCCUCCAACGGUCAGAUCUUCUAGCUCUGAGAUAUCAGACUCUGUGCCACCAGAGCAGUGCAAAGCAGCCACAGGCGCACACAGGCUUGAGUUUGGAGAAACUGACUUUGUUGCACUUUGUGACACUUUAAGAGUGUCAGACAUUGUAAGAGCAAAUGCUUGGAAGACAUAUGAAAAAGUGUCAUCUGCUGAUGGAACUCUAGUGGGUUACAGUGAAAAGAAAAAGGACUUGUGGGGGAUCUGUAUCUUUAUUGCAGCAGUUGACUUGGAUGAGAUGACAUUCACUUUUACAGAGCUUCUGAAAAGUAUAGGUAUGAGUGUGUGCACAUGUUUUCGGUUGCUGAGAGAGAUGGAUGUUAACAUGGAUACCAUAAGCACUAAAGUUGAUAGUAAUGUAUCACGACUGAAUAAGAAGUAUGAUGUAUUAUCUGCACUAUAUCACAAGUUUGAAAGGACUUGUGGACUUAUCUACAUAAUACAACCCAGCAGUCAGACUUCUGCUGAAUUGAGUUUUCCAUUGGUUCUGAAAACUUCCUGGAUCACUUUUUUGUUGGCGAAAGGAAAAGUAUUGCAAAUGGAAGAUGACCUGGUGAUCUCUUUCCAGUUACUGUUAUGUGUCCUUGAUUAUUUUAUCAAACUAUCACCACCGGCAAUGCUCAAGGAGCCAUACAAAUCUCAUGUGAGUGCAAUGUCUAUUAAUGGCUCAACUCGAGCUCCAAGGCGAGGUCAGAACAGGAGUACACGUACAUCAAAACAAACUGACACAGAUACAAAAGUUAUUGAAGUCCUUUGUAAAGAAUAUGGUUGUAACUUAGAUGAGGUCAAAAAUGUAUAUUUCACAAGCUUUAUUCCGUUCUUGAAUUCUGUUGGCAUUGUAACUUCAAAUGGACUUCCGGAGGUUGAGGAUCUCUCGAGACAAUAUGAAGAGCUUUACCUGAAAAAUAAAGAUAUAGAUGCACGAUUAUUUCUGGAUAAUGAUGAAACUUUACAGCGUAAUCACAUAGAAUGCUUGCAGUUGGAACGAACACCAAGGAAAAACAACCCAGAUGAAGAGCUUAAUCUUAUACUUCCACAGACUCCAGUUCGGGCUGCAAUGAAUACUAUCCAGCAGUUAAUGAUGAUUUUAAAUUCAGCAAGUGAUAAACCAUCAGAUAAUCUCAUCUCAUAUUUUAAUAACUGUACAGUGAACCCUAAAGAAAGUAUCCUGGCAAGAGUAGAAAAUCUUGGGAACAUCUUCAAAGAGAAAUUUGCUGAAGCAGUUGGACAGGGAUGUGCUGAAAUUGGCUCACAGAGAUAUAAGCUUGGUGUAAGGCUAUACUACAGAGUAAUGGAAUCCAUGUUAAAGUCGGAGGAAGAGCGCCUGUCAGUUCACAAUUUUAGCAAACUUCUGAACAAUAAUAUCUUCCACACAUCUCUUCUGGCCUGUGCUGUUGAGGUUGUCAUGGCUACAUAUGGCAGGAAUGCUUCACAAAGUGAUGGCACCAGUACUGAAACGGAUUUGUCUUUUCCAUGGAUUCUCAAUGUACUUGAUUUAAAAGCCUUUGACUUCUACAAGGUGAUUGAAAGCUUUAUUAAAGCAGAACCAAGCUUGACAAGAGAGAUGAUAAAACAUCUAGAACGCUGUGAACAUCGAAUUAUGGAAUCCCUUGCAUGGCAAUCAGAUUCGUCUCUAUUUGAUCUUAUUAAGCAAUCCAAGGAACGAGAAGGCCAAGUUGAUCAACCUGAGCCCACCUGCUCUCUUAACUUUCCUCUCCAGCAUAACCACACUGCGGCAGAUCUAUAUCUUUCUCCUGUCAGAUCUCCGAAGAAGAAAGGCUCUACAGCUUUAAACCCCAUUCCUAUAAUAGAUGCUCAGCCUGUGUUGGCACCUCAAACUCAGAAACCACAGAAAUCUACCUCCCUUUCACUAUUUUACAAAAAAGUGUAUCGGCUGGCAUAUCUUCGAUUAAAUACCCUCUGCUUACGGCUUCUGUUUGACCACCCUGAACUAGAACACUUGAUCUGGACCCUUUUUCAGCACACAUUGCAAAAUGAAUAUGAACUUAUGAAAGACAGGCACUUAGACCAGAUCAUGAUGUGUUCCAUGUAUGGCAUAUGCAAAGUAAAGAACGUAGAUCUUAGGUUUAAAAUCAUUGUUACAGCAUACAAGGAGCUCACCAAUACAAAUCAAGAGACUUUCAAACGAGUGCUGAUCAGGGAAGGACAAUAUGACUCCAUUAUCGUCUUCUACAACUUAGUGUUUAUGCAGAAACUGAAAACUAACAUUUUGCAGUAUGCCUCCAAUAGGCCUCCCACCUUGUCACCCAUCCCCCACAUUCCUCGAAGUCCUUACAAGUUUUCUAAUUCUCCCCUACGUGUCCCUGCUGGAAGUAACAUCUACAUCUCACCCUUGAAGAGUCCAUACAAAUUCUCUGAAGGGAUGUUGUCACCCACAAAGAUGACUCCAAGAUCCAGAAUCCUGGUGUCAAUUGGUGAAUCAUUUGGGGUGAGCACUUCUGAGAAGUUUCAGAAAAUAAACCAAAUGGUGGGUAGCAGUGAUCGUCAGCUGAAACGCAGUGCUGAAGUAAGCACUGCCCCUAAACCUCUGAAGAGACUUCGCUUUGAUAUAGAAGGACAGGAUGAGGCAGAUGGAAGCAAACACCUAUCUGGAGAGUCCAAAUUCCAGCAAAAGCUUGCAGAAAUGACGUCUACUCGAACAAGAAUGCAAAAGCAAAAACUAAAUGAUGGAACUGAUACAUCAGCCACUGAAGAAAAGUGAACAUCUUCUCAGGACCAUGCGGUGCACUGCAUGCUUCUCUGCAUUUGUCUUUCUUUUUCAGCCACCAUGUUAAUUACUUUUUUUAUGAUUGCUAGUUUAAAAUGUUUGGCCUUUUUUUUUUUUUUUUAACUUCAGUGUUUUUCAUUAUAUUAUGCCGUAUGAUGUAGCAUGUACACAAUGUAAGCCACUGAGUUUAUUAAUUUAUAUAUUUUUGAGGAUUUGGAAGAGUUUUUCAGCUUCUUAUUGCAACAUUGUUCAUUUAAUGCCAUUUCAUUCUACUUAUUUUGAACUCUUCUAUCAAAAAUAAAGUUAGAUAGAAUGAUUUGAAAUGCA